AUGACUCUGAAUGGGAUAGAGCGGUGCACUCUCAACAACAACAACAUCACCCUUAUCCCACUGUCCAGCUUCAACCACAUGCCCAAGCUGCGCACUCUGCGUCUGCACUCCAACAACCUGCACUGUGACUGCCACCUGUCCUGGCUCUCUGACUGGCUGCGCCACAGAAGAGGGUUGGCCCCCUUUACUCAGUGUAUGUCACCCGCCCACAUGAGAGGACUCAACGUUCCUGAUGUGCAAAAGCGAGACUUCGUCUGUGCAGGUCCUGUUCAGUCAGAGCCCAAGUCUUGUGCUCCCCAAGCGUCCGUCUGUCCAGCCAGCUGCACCUGCAACAACAACAUUGUGGACUGCAGGAGAAAAGGUCUGACUGAAAUCCCUGCCAACUUGCCGGAGGGUAUUGUGGAAAUCCGUCUGGAGCAGAACCUGAUUAAGAUAAUUCCUCCUGGGGCUUUCUCUCCAUACAAAAAGCUGAAAAGAAUAGAUCUGAGCAAGAACCAGAUUUCAGACAUUGCCGACGAUGCCUUCAGUGGCCUCCGCUCCCUCACCUCACUGGUGCUGUAUGGAAACAAAAUAGCCGAGAUCCCUAAAGGACUGUUCGAUGGCCUGGUUUCCUUACAGCUGCUGCUGCUUAACGCCAACAAGAUCAACUGCUUGCGCGUGAACACAUUCAAAGACCUGCAGAGCCUCAAUCUGCUCUCGCUCUACGACAAUAAGCUGCAGACCAUCAGCAAAGGACUGUUCACCCCACUGCGCUCCAUCAAGACCCUGCACCUGGCUCAGAACCCCUUCAUGUGUGACUGCCACCUGAAGUGGCUGGCUGACUACUUAUUUGACAACCCCAUCGAAACCAGUGGGGCACGCUGUAGUCACCCUCGCCGGCUCGCCAACAAGCGCAUCAGUCAGGUCAAGGGCAAGAAGUUUCGCUGCACAGGUUCAGAGGACUACCGGAGCCGUCUGACUGGCGAAUGCUUUCAGGACCUGGUGUGUCCCGAGCGUUGCCGUUGUGAGGGUACAGUGGUGGACUGUUCCAACCUCAAACUGACCAGCGUCCCUCCUCAUCUUCCCGAACACACAACUGACUUGCGCCUGAACGACAAUGAGAUCUCAUCCUUGGACUCCGCAGGGGCCUUUAAGAAGCUCCCAAACCUGCGCAAGAUAAAUCUAAGCAACAAUAAGCUGCGGGAGAUUCGGGAGGGCACAUUUGAUGGUGCUGGAGGAGUCCUUGAAGUUCUGCUAACCGGGAACAAGCUGCAAGCUGUUCAUGGUCGGAUGUUUAGGGGUCUGAGUGGCCUUAAGACCCUAAUGCUGAGGAGUAACCAGAUCACCUGCGUAGAUAACACUACCUUCACAGGUCUCAGCUCCGUUCGUCUGCUGUCUCUUUAUGAUAAUCGCAUCUCCACCAUUGCCCCAGGUUCCUUCUCCACCCUGCAUUCCCUCUCCACCAUUAACCUGCUCUCCAACCCGUAUGUGUGUGACUGUCACUUGGCAUGGCUGGGUCAGUGGCUGAAGAAGACCAGGGUAGUGAGUGGAAACCCCAGGUGCCAGAAACCAGCCUUCCUGAAGGAAAUCCCCAUACAGGACGUUUCCACGCCCGACUUCACAUGUGAUGGUGUAGAGGAGAAUGUCUGUCUGCCAUCGGCCCCUCAGUGUCCGGAGCCCUGCACAUGCUCAGAUACAGUGGUGCGCUGCAGUAACCGUGGACUGCGUUCUCUGCCCAAGGGCAUCCCCAAAGACACCACUGAGCUGUAUCUGGAAGGCAACUUACUCACUUCAGUACCCAAAGAGCUGGCCAGUCUUAAACAACUGACGCUCAUAGACCUGAGUAACAACAGUAUCAGCUCUCUGACACCUUUAAUAUUCAGCAAUAUGACUCAACUUGCCACCCUUAUCCUGAGCUAUAAUCAGAUUCACUGUGUGCCUGUGCAUGCUUUUGAUGGACUGCGCUCACUCCGUCUGCUAACGCUCCACGGAAACGACCUUUCAACUAUUCCGGAGGGAGCCUUCAACCACUUGACGUCUCUGUCUCAUCUGGCUUUGGGCGCUAACCCACUGUAUUGUGAUUGUGAGCUGCGCUGGCUCUCACAGUGGGUUAAAGCUGGUUUUAAGGAGCCAGGCAUUGCCCGCUGUACAGGACCACCUGAUAUGGCAGACCGUCUGCUUCUGACCACUCCACUUAACCGCUUUCAAUGCAACGGCCCUGUUGAUGUGAAUCUGAUGGCCAAGUGUGCUCCCUGUCUGGCCACCCCAUGUCAGAACAACGGCACAUGCGUCAGCGAUGUGACCGGCUCCUAUCACUGCACCUGUCCCUUUGGCUACAAGGGUCGGAACUGUGAGAUACGCAUAAACGCCUGCCUGAGCCAACCCUGCAUCAAUGGGGGCACAUGCCACCUCCUUCCAGGCCAGGAAGGCCAAUACAGCUGUGUGUGUCCACCUGGAUUUGAGGGCCAGCGGUGUGAGGUGAAUCCUGAUGACUGCGAAGACAAUGACUGCGAAAAUAACUCCACAUGUGUAGAUGGCAUUAAUAACUACACCUGCAUCUGCCCUGCCAACUACAGAGGAGACCUGUGUGAGGAGGUAGUAGAGCCCUGUCUGCCUGGUUUUGACCCCUGCCAGCAUGACUCCAAGUGCGUGCCUCUAAGUAAAGGCUACAGGUGUGAGUGUUUGCCAGGCUACGUUGGGCAGCACUGUGAGCAAGACUUUAACGACUGCUUGGAAAACAAGUGUCAGCAUGGGGCAGAGUGUGUGGAUGCCAUCAAUGGUUACACAUGUGUAUGCAGGAAUGGUUUUAGUGGGCUGUUUUGCGAAGACACUCUUCCCAUGAUCCUUCUCCAGAAGACGAGCCCGUGUGAUCAGUCGGAGUGUCAGAACGGAGCUCAGUGUCUGAUGGUGGAUGGUGAGCCUGUGUGCCAAAAGACAUUUACAGCACACUUCCUGGGGAAAGACUCAUACAUAGAGCUGCCAGGGACUACUUUUCUUCCUACAACACAUAUAUCCCUCCAGGUGGCUACUGAUAAGGACAAUGGCAUGCUGUUGUAUAAAGAGGAUCACGACCCUCUGGCACUGGAGCUAUAUCAAGGCCACAUUCGACUGAUGCAUGACAUUGCCAAGUACCCUCCCACAACUGUAUACAGUGUGGAGUCAGUGAACGAUGGACUUUUCCACACGGUGGAGUUACUGAUCCAGAAUCAGACGCUAAGUCUUGUGGUGGAUAAAGGAACCCCCAAGAGCCUGGGCAAACUAGCAAGACCACUCUCAAUAGAACCCAACACCCAACUUUACAUUGGAGGUGUCCCAUCUGUGAUUGGCUUGUCUGGCCUGCGUACUGGCACUGACCGUACAUCCCAAUCCUUCAACGGCUGCAUCCAUAAUGUACGAAUCAACGGGGAGCUGCAGGAGCUUGGCAUUGGCAUGUCGGGCAAGGAGAGCAUCCUGCCCGGCUGCCAUACAUGCAGUGUGUGUGCCCAGGGAUCUUGCAGGCAGAGGGGUGAAGCGGGCGUGAGCUGUGAGUGCCCUGCAGGCAGUGGCGGCCCGCUGUGUGAGCAGGAGAGCUACGCAAACCCCUGCCAGUCCAGCAGGUGUGUUCAUGGACUGUGUGUACCUCAUGGCUCGUCGUACAGCUGUACGUGUGCACAGGCUUACUCAGGUCAGUACUGUGAGAGGCGAGAGGAGCCGUCGGCGUGUAGGGGGCACCACUGUGUACAUGGAGAAUGCAGAGUGGAUGAAAGUGGACGGCCUUCAUGCCACUGCCAGCCCGGAUACACUGGCAAUGCAUGUGAUUCAGAGCUGACAUGUCAAGGUGAGAUGAUCCGUGAAGUGCUCAAGCGUUACAUCGGUCCAAAUACAUGUACAUCCACCAGUAAGGUCCCCAGAGUGGAAUGCCCACGUGUGUGCCAGCCAGGUCUCUGCUGCUCCCCCACAAAGAGCCGCAGAAGGAAGGUCAGCUUCAAGUGCUCAGAUGGCUCCAACUUCUCUGAAGAAAUAGAAACGACCAUGGAGUGCGGCUGCUCGAAAUGCCCUUCAUAAUGAUUGCUGUCCUGUUCACAAGGAAUCAGAUGAGGGAAGAAGAUAUAUUGUAAAAUAAAAUAAAAACAAAUAGAACUUAUUUUUAUUAAGGGAUUUUUUUAAAGAGACUGUUUUUAUGAUGUUGCUUAUGAGAUAUAUGAAAAGUUAUUUUGUAUCAGUGAACACACACACCACAGAUUAACAUUCCUGACAUUAUAUGAAUUAUAUAUAAAUAUAUAUUUGUGUGUGUAAAUCUAUCAAAAUGUACAACCUAACCUAAGGAUUCAUUUGAUCUUUGUUUUGCAUGUCUGUGUGAGUAUGAGUGUACAUUUCUUUGGACUCUAAACUCUAAAAUACAUGCAUAAUGCCAGUCAGAAGUGAAUGCGGUACCUGGAAUCUCUCCCACAUGAAGAGGAUCGAUACGUUGUGCCCCGCUGGUAAAACAGGAACUGUGCUUGUACCCAGCCUGUCUUGUUUUGAGCUAUAAAGGAUUUUAUUAUGCAACUCCAGAGCUGAAGGAUUGGACUUAUUUAUCUCUAGAGCACAUACAUUGUUGCUUUUUUAUUAUUUUUAUUGUUUGCUUUUUGUUGACUGUUUAGUCACAGUUUGGAGCAGGAUGUCUGUACAUGGAAUCAUCAGAGUUCAACAUAUUUCCCUGUAUUUCUCAUAUGACAGCAUGGAAGUAUAAAGGACUGAAUGUGAACUAAGUGCUAAGCUGUGGUUUACAGGUGAAGCUGCAGGUGACACUGCUGUGUCCUGCGCUGAUUUAAAUUUUAAAAAAUACGACCACACUCAGCUCUGAUGUAAAGCUUUCUAUACUGAUGCAGUAUUUUGUCAUAAUCGUACUAAUAUAUUAAACACACAUAUGUUACAUCCAUUACUACUGUAUAUUGUGUAAUAUACCCAUUGUUUUUAAAUUGGUUUAUGUUUUACAUGAAAUUCCCCAAAGUAACAGUUAUCAGUGUUAAAACGAAAUAUAUUGAGUGUAUAAAGUUCUUCUACCCACUUGUUAAUGAGAUGAAUCUUUAGAGAACUAUAUCUACAUUUCCAAGUGUACAACAUAAACAAGCUGAUAUUAAAUGCAUUAUAUUAACGCCUGUAAAGAGAAAACGGUGUAACUAAUAGAUCAUUUCUGGUUAAAUAUGAACUAGAGACUGACGAAUAACCUACUAUGAA